UUAGCAUAUCUGAAACAAAUAAACAAUACCAUGAUGAUUUUUGUUGCACAUCAAUCAUGAUUACUAAACGGACAUGCAUAGCAGAGCUGUUGUAUUUUUAAACACGCGGCCAUAACAUAUGCUGUAUUGUGAUCGGUCACUUCUAAAGCCCACUGGCACAAGUCACCUACAUUUCCCAAAAUGCAACUAGACUCCCGCACGUGCCGUAUCCAGGAAGUUAUUUGCAGUUGUGAAGCAAACAUUUGACCGCACUGUGGAACGUUCGUAGAGUUGAAAACAUGGCUCAAUUGCCUUAUUUACAAGGCAAAGCUAAAAGUCUUGGGAACAAAGCGAAACGCGUUUUUGUAACGCCUUAAUUUCAUGGAUCGUACAUCUGUAAAACGGGAUGUUCGGCCUGGUUCUGGUCGGGUGCAGAUCAUUGAGAUGGAUGAAUUAGGCCCCAUCAACCCAGAUCCUGCCAGAAGCGUCCGGGAUGAGACUGAACCAACAGUGCAGCUUUGUCUCUCCGAGGAGAAGCUGGAACUGCUGUGUGGAACAAAAGAUCUCACUCAGGUGACCUCGCUGGAAAUCUGUGUGAACACUCAAGAAACCAGCCUGUGUAACUUUGGUACUUCUUUGCCCAGGCUGGUGCUGCUCAACAUGAACAAUAGUGUCAUCCUGUCAGUACGAGAUCUGGGAACCACCCUAUCACAAUUGCAGGUGCUGUGGAUGUCUUGUUGCUGCCUACAAGACCUAGAUGGCCUUUCAUCUCUUGCCUCUCUCAGGGAACUGUACAUGGCCUUUAACAAAGUCUCUGACCUGAGUCAGGUUGGCAUGCUGGAGAACCUGCAAGUGUUAGAUCUAGAAGGAAAUGAUGUGGAUGACCUUGUGCAGGUUCAAUAUCUUGGGUUGUGUGGCAAACUACAGACCCUCACCCUGGAGGGAAACCCUGUGUGUGUGCGACCAAACCCCACGACCGCACAGACUGACUAUAGCUAUUGGGAUUCAGUGAGGGAGUUGGUCCCUCAGCUGCAUUACCUUGACAAUGCAAGAGUGCAGGAUGGAAAACCAGGCUCCGGCGACACCAUGUGGGAAGACUGGUCCAUUCUGCGAAACUGCAUCAGGGACUAUUAUCCGGCGGCUACAGAAGAGAAGGAUGCACGUCCAUACAGCCGAACCGGUUCUGCUAGGCGCCCUGCCUACAGCAUCCGGCCCCUCUCAUCAGCGAGCACUGCUGGCUCCAGGCCCCUGACAGCAACCUCAUCUGGGUCUCCUGUGUCCACACCCGGUUCUGCAGAUUCAGACUUUGCUGAAGUUGAAGAGGACAGCAGCAUCCUCACACACGGAGCUGGCAAGAUCCUGUUCUGUGGAAACCCUGUCAAGGCUUUACGAGCGAGACGUGAAAAGUUGAGAACAGCACCAUGUGUGUCAACCUUUACCCCCCGUGACCUGACCAUCCAUGUGCCUGAGCACAUGUAUGACCCAGAAGACCAUGAUGGAAAACAGUCUGGUGAUGUUUUUGCUGAACUCAGAGCUUGGAGGGAGAAACAUAGCAGGCGACUCGAAGAAAUACGGAAUGACAGGUUACCACAGGUACUGGUUGUUCAGCAUGGCGACGAGGAAGACAACAAUGAUGAUGAAGGGGAAGGUUUUGAUAGUGUGAGCAGUUAUGAUGAAGAACAAAGUGAGGACAGUGUCGGCACCAGCACCGAUUCGUCUUUUCAGCCCAUUUGUUCAGACCAGUUUAAACUCAAUUUACAUGAUGUGGAUCAACCGUCCUUGUCCUCUGACGUCACACAUUGGCCUUGCCCUCCUCCUAAGCUCCUAAAUUCAAAACCAGCCUCUGGUAAUAAGAGGCCCACAGGAAUCCGUGCACAGAGGCUUCGAAUUAACCAGGCCAAUUCAGUACACAUUCUUCAUUCAUCCAGCGAAGGGCACAAGAUUGUAGAGGUUACAAAACCUGCACGCACAGACCUGCCAACCAAGAGCAUCCAGCAGGUGACAAGGAUUAAAAAGCUCCAACCGCUAUCAUCUACACGCAUCACACACCCAUGUAAAGUCAGUAGCCUGUGAGGCCUGACGGUUCACGGAUUCAUGGUAAAGCAUUAUUCAGUUCCAUUGUGAAAGUGUUUCCUAGUAUAUUGUUUAGACUGAGGUUUGUAAGUUUAAAGUUAAAUACUAAUACAAUGUUCGGACUCCCCUGCAGAAUCAGACUCAGGUUGUAUGGUAUACACAAUAAUGUAAUGUUGGCAAGACAGACAUGUAAUUUUGACUAGUCUUAACAUGACAUCUCCCCUCAGUUUUGUUGUUUUGUCUGCCUUUGUCACUUGAAAUAUUGCAUUUUACGACUAGCUGUGUGUUCUAUCUAAUCCAUUUAUUAAUGUGAAAUAUCAUUUCAAGAUGAAGUGCAAGGUAAAUAUAACCUUAGUCUGGAUGUGAUUUCUCUGACAUAAUGGCGACUCAUGCUGUAAUAACUUUAUAAUGCCACAUGAGGGCACUAUGUCUAAACAUUGCGCAGACAACCUGGUCCUAGAGAGCGAUCUAAAAGAGAGCGCCAUAAAGACAUGGACGUACAGUAUAAUCAGGGGGCAGACAGAAAACCCAAUGUCUUGUUGCCUAAAUUAUAGCACAAACUUAAUUCAGGCUAUUGUAAUGGAGGAAAUGUAAGAAUUUGUCAAUGAAACGAGAGAUUUAAGUUUCACUUUCAGCUUGUUUGUAGUCAAAUGUGCCCACAGGCCCACCUAGAUAAGACAGAUCAUAAAUCAUGUUUGAAAACAUGCAUAUGACAUUGGAACUGUCAGUGGUUUGUUCGUCUUGCAAGCCUGUGCUUGUGUAAAUGAAAGCAAAUUAGUGUAAGUGCUUUGCAUGUACGCAGAAGUGCCGCUAGGAAUUCUGGGCCCGUAAAAAAAAAAAAAAAAAAAAAUCACAUCAACUGCUGUCCAGCACUGUAGGUUAUCCUGUGUGUGUUAGUCUACAGUGGGGUGAACCUGUGUAGCUCAGUUUGGCCUGGUCUUUGAAGGCCCGACUACCAGGUUUUGGAAACCUUCCACCAGGCUUGGUGCCAGAGUGACACCCCUGUCUCCCAUGAUCAUAUGACCUAGUUUGUUGAUGUUGUCUUGUCCAUAUGAGUUUUGACUCUUUAUCUGGCCCAUCACCUAAAACCAAACAUGCACUGGGAGAUGCUACAAUACUGUAUACCCCAUGACAGCUUAACUUCUAGGAAUACAGUAUAUUCACCCCCAAAACUCCACCAUGUGAGGCCCUAUCCUGCUCAUUCCAGUGGCUUUUAAUAUAUUGGAUCCCAUUGGCGCACAAUAGUGAGUUUCUUUUAAUCUGCAGAAUUUCAAGUUGUGUUCAGGGUAAAUCUGCAUUCUUCUCUUCUCUUGGCCGACACUUGGCCGACAAAGAGAAUCUGGCGUCGAACUGUGAACUGGUGACAGCAGAGGAGCAGUGACUGUGAGGUUGGUUUUUAGCUCCCCCUGAAAAACCUUCCCAUUGCUGCCUUACUCCGGCUUAGGUACACGAUUCUUAAAAAGCGAACAAGAGUACAUUUUAAGCAUGAAUAUACUGAAAAGAUGGAAAUGAAGGUCUAUUUCAUGUCCCAUUUUACUCCUGUUUCAAAUGUUAAUUUUGUCUCUUACCUGGUGUCAGAGUCGCAAGGUUUAAAACUCAGUGGGCUUCUCAGGGACACUAGAUAUUUUUAUUUAAUCUCACUCAUACUCUCAUCAGGUACAGUGUAGGCAGCUGCACAGGAGACGACCAUGUCACAAAUAGUUAUUAAUAUAGUAUCACAAAUUAAAAUAUCAAAACUUUUAUUUCAGUUGAAAACUGUUUCAGAUGACAGGUGUAGCAGUCCAAGAGUUGUUUCUAAUUAGUUACUACUCAGUGGACCUUUUGACCCCAGGUACAUCAAACCUCUUUUGUUAUCAUUACAUUGUCGUAACACCAGUUGGAAUUCAGGCAGCUCUCCGAAUCCUCUUUUGUAUCUUUACACGACCCUUGUUUAUAUAAAGAAGGGAAAUCCAAUUUGAUCUGCAAUUUACAAGAGCUCAGACAGGUAACCUCUCACUUGAGUUUAGUCCAGUGUAGUCCCAAUUCUUCACGUGAAACUACAAGUCUAAGAAUGUGUUGGGAGCCAGUGUCAGUCUUCCUAGCACCAAGGAGGUCUUGCAGAAUGAUAGUGGUUAUGCUGCUGACGGAGGCAGGGGUACCCCAAUUUGGUUGGGUUUUCUGAAGGUCCGUGCUGAAUUGGACAGUUUAGGAAGUCUAGCCUCCAUGUGAAUUGGUGACUGUAGACAUUGCAGACUAGACUAGAGUGGGGUUAUCUGAAGACACAUUGAAAUAGGUUGUGGGUCAACUGCCUGAGUGUGUUUUGUGCUCCUGCGGAUUUGAUUAAUAUUCUUUGGAUUAGGAUUAUAUUCUACUUGGGUCAAAUGACUGCCCAUAUCACAAGUAUCCUUUGAGACUGAUGUGUGGAAUGUGCUAUAUAUCACUUCAUUUAUCUGAAGACCCAUGGAGAUGGCUUGUAGAAUGUCUUGAUUAGUAUCGCGAGCAUGUUUGUCGAUUGGUCGGCGGACACCAUGCUGAUGGCAGUUACACCGCUGUUGGGUUAUAUCAGAGAUCAAGGUGAUGGGUUGUACGACAGCUUGCCGAGUGUCUCUAUCAUGCCUGUGGGUUGGGCGGAUACUUUGCCUAUUGGAACAAUCUAGCCGGGUGAUCUGCAGGCCCUUGGAGAUUUCUUGAUGAUUGUGUCUAGCAUCCUUGCGGAGUGGUGGACGGAUACUCUGUUGAUUGUGUUUGGAUUCUAGGUUAGUUUUCUUCUGCUGAUGGGGCCUGGACUGCACGCAAGUUGUAUGAGAGACAAAGGGGAUGGAUUUUGGAAUAUCUUGGGCAGGAUGUCUAGCAUCCUUGUGGAUUAGUUGACGGAUACUCUUCUCAAAUGAAAUACACUCCUUGUUUUUUUUCUGAGUGUGUAUCCUUGUUGGGCUGAUGCUCUGUUGAUAGAGAGGUAGAUUCGGUUUGGCUUUCUGAAAGUCCAAUGAAAUGGUUUGAAGUACAACUUGUUGAGUGCCUCUAGCAUUCUUGUUGAUUGGUGGGGGGAUACUACGCAGAUGGGGACUAACAUCCAGUUUGGUUAUUUUUGGGCCAAUGGAGAUCGCUUGUGGAAAAGAUCCCUGUGUGUGUUUGGGAGGCCUGUGUAUCGAUGGACGGAUACUUUGUUGAUAUGUCCUAUACUCUCGACCGGUACUCUUCUGAGUAGUCGUCCUUGGUGGAUGCGUGCUUUUUUCUUGGGAGGUAUGUUGGAGUUGGGAUAUAUGAGGGGUCAAGGAGACCGGUUGCAAGGCAGCUUGCUUCACAGGUUUGUUGUUAGACUUGCAAUUCAAUCGGCAGACACUCUGCUGGGCUGGACGGCAACUUAGUUUGGUUUCCUCAAAGCCAACAGCGAUGGAUUGCAGAAAACCUUGCAAUGUUUUUCUAGUAUUCUUAGAGAGUAGUAAGCACAGUUUCUUGUGACUGGGGGUAUACUCCAGGGUGGUUGUGUUUUCAACCUUGAAAACAAAAGAAAAUACAACAAUGUCUCAUCUUGCACAUUCAGUUUCAAUUCAGUCCAUACACUACUGCUGUGGGCAGUGAAAUUAAUUUGUCAGCAUUUGCUCAGCAAGAAAAAAUAGUAAUACAAGUCUGAUCUUAUUCUGCACAUAGUUGUUUUUCACACCACCAGAUAGAUGCAUUUAUUUGAUUUCAUUUGUAGUUGUCCCGUAUUGUAGAUAUACUAGGGGUGUCACAAGAUCUCAUGUCACAAGACCUUGCGAGAUUGAAACGUGACAAGAUUUUUCGUUCAGAUUUCUUGUGGGCACUUGGCCUGGCAUGAUAAUAAAUUAAUCACACAGUAAAUGAAAAUCAACUGGAUCAUUUUGCCGGCUUCAAUAUAUUGCCAUGUGCAUGCGUGCCUGUACCAUAGAACAGAAUGAGCCCUUUUGUCAGUCAUACAGUGUUUUUGUCUCGGUGGGUGGAGGCGGGGCCGGGAGCAUACACAGAGAGUGCAGGGGAGUGUAACGUAGUAGAAAUGAAAUUAGUAGAUUGCAAUAUGUUGUCAUAUAUUUUUUUAUUGUACUUUUCUUAAAAGUAAUGUUAAAAUCUUGUCUCUAGUUCUUGUAGACCCAAUCUUGUGUAUCGUAUCAUCUUUGUCUUGUGAUCUGAGUGUCUCGUGACACCCUUAACGUAUGCUUUUUGUUAUUAUGAAUUUCCAAAUUAUUUUUUUUAAAUUUUGUACAGGUGUAUGUAUUUUUUGUGGGUUUUCAGUGUGUUUGUCAUUGGGAAGGCAGUUAAAAGUAUUGUUUGACAUGCAUGUUGAAAUAUAAUAAAUACAUACUGUAUAAGGACACUGUCUAGGCUCUCAUAGUUCUAGUUCUGAUAAUCUUUGGUAAUUGACUGAUUGGACUGACUGAUUGGGGCCGAUUAGGGCUUCAACUAAGAAUGAUUUUCUUAGUUGAUUAAUCAAAUUUAGGCUUUGUUCCGCAACAUAUCAGAAGAGAGGCGAAAUGUCAGUCAAAAAAGUCAAAGCUGAUGUGCGUGAAUAUCUUGUGCCCAAUACACAGGGAUAAUCCGUCUGCUUUCAUGGAUGACUAAGGAAAUUAAACAAUGUUCACAUUUGAGAGGAUACAGGUAUUUCCAGUUUUAAAUAAAAAAACGAUUAAUAGAAUACCAAAAUAGUUGUUGAUUAAUUGCUGCAGCUCUUGAUUAGAUAAUCUUUCACAGACCAUAAGUUGAUAACGUUGAAGUUUGGCAAGACGGAUGCACAAGUUCCCAUUUAUUUUCACACAUCCACAUAACUGCCUUGCAAAAUGCUUUUUAAAAAUAAUCAUGAAGAAAUAAUUUGCUAACCUAACCUUGUCCUGUAACAUGAUUGGUUGUGUCUUCUUUCUGAGGGAAAUCUCAU